UGCAGGUGCUCUAAGGGAGGGAACUCUGUGUGUAACUUGCCCUUGGAGUAAAACACAAACUUCAGAUAUGUGGAAUCUUGGAUACAGGCGAUUAUUUUCAGGAUGUCACCAAUUCAGGUUACCUGAAUUUCUUUGCAUAAAGCAAUUCCGACUUCCUAUCGUAAUCCUGUCAAAUUCCUUCGGACAACCAGCUGCUCAGACACAUCCUCACCUGGUCAAACAAGGGGAGGUAACACCAGGAAUUUCAAAACGUGAAUAUCAAAUUAGAAGGGAUAAUUUAGUGACACUGGCAUGCAGUGCUUUCAAGGACAUGGAAAGUGUGAAAGAUCACAUUUUGAUAUUCCCAGCUUCAGCAAAGACUUUUAUGACCUAUGACAUACCAUAUCCUUUUCGACAAAAUACAGAAUUCUUGUAUCUGUGUGGAUUUCAGGAACCAGACAGUGUUUUAAUCUUGCAUACAAAUCAACAAAAGUCAUCCAUUACUGAUUAUAUGUCGGUUCUGUUUGUGCCGAAAAAAGACCCCUCGAAAGAAUUAUGGGAUGGACCAAGGUCAGGAAGAGAAGGAGCCUUGAUGUUAACAGGGGUGGACAAAACGUUGAAUGUUGACAGUCUGGAGGAGUACCUCAGUGAUUACUGUACACAAUUUAACAAUUAUGUGUUGUGGUACAAUUAUUCCAAACCAACCCACAUGGAGCAUGACAUCCAAGUGUUGAGCCAGUUUAUGAAGGAAAACCGUCAUAAAUGUAUCGAAAACACAGUCGGAAUUUGUAACCAAUUGAGGUUGACUAAAUCUCCAGCCGAAAUUGAGCUGAUGAAACAAAGUGUGGAAAUAGCUUCAAAGUCUUUCAUUGAAGUUAUGAAAUUUUCACAUCCAGAGGUCAAGGAAGCUCAUCUGUAUGCAAAGAUGGAUUUUGAGUGUCGGAUACGUGAUGCUGAGUUCCUGGCGUUCCCUCCAGUUGUUGCAGGGGGUAAUCGUGCCAACACUAUCCAUUACAUCAACAACAACCAGAUCGUUCGCGAUGGGGAGUUAGUCCUCAUGGAUGCAGGCUGUGAGUUCCAUGGUUACACCAGUGACAUCACCCGCACAUGGCCAGUCUCAGGGAGGUUCAGCUCCUCACAGAGACGGCUGUAUGAUGCAGUGUUGACUGUCCAGGAGCAGUGUGUGGAGCUGUGCACCUUGGCCCACUCCCUGGAUGACAUCUACAAGGUGAUGCUGAAGCUGCUGGGGAAACAGCUGCAGGUGCUGGGCAUCCUCCCAGCAGACGUCAAGGAAGUCGAGUUAAUGCAGAAAACCCGUGAGUUUUGUCCCCAUCAUGUGAGUCACUAUCUGGGAAUGGACGUCCAUGAUACAUCCGACAUCUCAAGAGGCAUAAAACUAAGUCCAGGGAUGAUUGUUACAAUCGAGCCAGGGCUAUACAUCCCAGCAUCCCACCCGACUGCUCCAGCUGAGUUUCAGGGUCUGGGGAUUCGUAUCGAGGAUGACGUUCUGGUAACGGAAGGGGCACCUGUAUUGCUGUCACAAGCAUGUCCUAAAACUGUUGAUGACAUUGAACAGAUCAUGGCUCAGAGUUGAUACAAUGCACUUGACAUAUACCAUAUUCGCCAUAAUAAGAGCCCUUGAAAACUGACAAAGAGCGUUGCUCAUUAAUACCAUAUACAAUGAGUUAAUUUGGUUGCUGAGAUAGAGCCCUUCAAACAUUGUUAAAACCAAAAAAAAUUUGAUAAUAGUUACCAGUUAAAUAUAUACUUCUGUGCUGUUGUUUUCUGUUAAAAAUAUGUAACAUACACAAGAAAAUAUGGACUGUCAUGUAAAUUUAUAAAGAUUAUAAAGAUUACUUACAGACUGGUCUAAAAGUUGGUAAGGGGCACUUAUUAGGGCAGGGUCCUAAAUAUGGCGAAUACGGUAAUCAUGGUAACAACCUUGAAGAAGUUUGUCUAAUUGCAUGCAAAGUAAUUUAAUCAAAAUAGAAUCUGGUGUUGACGCAAUGUGUUUCCUUCAGUGAUGGAGACUAUGAUCCUGGAAGAUACAUGACGCUUCUGCUUCAUGAUUCUAGACCUGGGUGUUUGUUAAACUUUACUUGACACAAAGUUUUGCAAUUGAAUUAAGUUUGUAAAUAAACUAAAUCUGAGCUUGACUUUUACACAUUACGGUUGUUAGUGUGUCACUCACUGACUCAGUUUGUUUGUCACAGCUAAGAGGUGAACCCUCAUGGUGGUCACCAGUUCAGUCAUUGUCAUACCUGGCAGCCAUUGUCAUACUCGGCAGCCUUUGUGAUACCUUGCAGUCAUUGUCUUACUUGUCAGCCAUUGUCAUACCUGGCAGCCAUUGUCAUACUCGGCAGCCUUUGUGAUACCUUGCAGUCAUUGUCUUACUUGUCAGCCAUUGUCAUACCUGGCAGCCAUUGUCAUACUCGGCAGCCUUUGUCAUACCUUGCAGUCAUUGUCAUACUUGGCAGCCUUUGUCAUACCUUGCAGUCAUUGUCAUAUCUGGCAGCCAUUGUCAUACUCGGCAGCCAUUGUCAUACUCGGCAGCCAUUGUCAUACUCGGCAGCCUUUGUCAUACCUGGCAGCCAUUGUCAUACCUGGCAGUCAUUGUCAUACCUGGCAGCCAUUGUCAUACCUGGCAGUCAUUGUCAUACCUGGCAGUCAUUGUCAUACCUGGCAGCCAUUGUCAGCUUCAGCAGCCAUUGUCAUUGUCAUACCUGGCAGUCAUCGUCAUACCUGGCAGCCAUUGUCAUACUCGGCAGCCAUUGUCAUACCUGGCAGCCAUUGUCAUACCUGGCAGCCAUUGUCAUCCUGAGCAGCCAUUGUCAUCCUUGGCAGCCAUUGUCAUACCUGGCAGUCAUUGUCAUACCUUGCAGUCAUUGUCAUCCUUGGCAGCCAUUGUCAGCUUCAGCAGCCAUUGUCAUACCUGGCAGUCAUUGUCAUACCUGGCAGCCAUUGUCAUCCUUGGCAGCAAUUGUCAGCUUCAGCAGCCAUUGUCAUACCUGGCAGCCAUUGUCAUACUCGGCAGCCUUUGUCAUACCUGGAAGCCAUUGUCAUACUCAGCAGCCAUUGUCAUACCUGGCAGUCAUUGUCAUACCUGGCAGCAAUUGUCAUACUCGGCAACCAUUGUCAUACCUGGCAGCCAUUGUCAUACUCGGCAGCCUUUGUCAUACCUGGCAGCCAAUGUCAUACUCGGCAGCCUUUGUCAUACCUGGCAGCCAAUGUCAUACUCGGCAGCCUUUGUCAUACCUGGCCGCCAUUGUCAUCCUGAGCAGCCAUUGUCUUCCAGGGCAGCCACACUCGGCAAUAUUCAAGCUAUAUGACGGCGGUCUGUAAAUAAUCGAAUCUGGACCAGACAAUCCAGUGAUUGACAUCAUGAGCAUUGAUCCAAGCAAUUGGGAUACGAUGACAUGCAUCAACCAAGUCAGCAAGCCUGACCACCCAAUCCUGUUAGGUGACCUAUUCUACCCCAGACCUUCACGGGUCGGCAGCCGUUGUCAUCCCCUGGCAGCAAUUGUCAUCCUGGGCAGCAAUUGUCAUCCUGGGCAGUCAUUGUCAUACCUGGCAGCUAUUUUCAUCCUCGGCAGCCAUUGUCAUCAGCAGCCAAUGUCAUAUAUGGCAACUAUUGUCAUCCUCGACAGCCAUUGUCAUACCUGGUGACCAUCUCAUAAUGCUUUCAACUUUUUAGAUAUUCUUUUGUGCUUGAAAAAUAUCAAUACCUGAAAACAUUGCAGUUAUGUUUUUUAUUGAAAAAAUAUCCACAAAUUCCUUUAGUUUUUACUAAAAUAAUAUGCAUAAUGCAGACAUUUGACCUUAAGUCAAACUUGAAAAUAUCUUACACAAAUGGCCAUUCUAAGACUGUUGAUGGAACUACAUCAGAUCUGGUACAAUGAAGUUGUGAAUAUAUACAACAAAAGACAAGACCAAAUACACACAGUGAACAGAUAAUACUUCUACAACCAAGUUAUACAUCAUAAAUGUAUAAAAGUGACAUAGGAACAGUUAUUAAUUAACACACUAUUACAUGUAUAACCAGUUUUCAUAGAAGUGAUGGACAAUAACAACAGUAUUAUCAUGUCAUGUGUAGAAGUUGUAGGCUUAUUGUGUGGAGAAUACUGAUUGAUAUACCCUGCAUGGAUAUUUACUCAUGCCUACAAUGAAUUUACCUAACCGCUAUGUUUAUAAUUUACCACAAUUUGACAACAAAUGAAGAUUGAGAUGUGGAGUGUUUGUUUUUUGUCACCAUAUUGCCAGGUGAGCUCCAACACACAUACAUUUAAAUCAAUGUUAUUAUAUACUAUUCCAAAGAAGUCAAAGAACACCCAAUGUUUAAUGACAAUAUGAAAAAAUCAUGUCCAUGACAGAUUAACUAGGGUAACAAGUAAGAAUUGGGUGUUCCUUAACUUCUUUUGUGUAGUAUACAUUACACAAUGUCGUUUCCUUGAAAUUGCAGAUAUUACAGAUAUUAGUAAAAUGGCUGUUGCCAAAACGACAUAUUUUUUCCAGUUGUAUACCGCUGUAGCAGGGUACAUGGAAAUAAAUUGAAACAUCAAAUAUGAAUGGCCCCAAAAGUAAUUAAUAAGAGCGUAAAAAAAAAAGGAUAAGAUGCCAGUGAGCAUGUCUUUGAGCAUCACCCCAAGGCAAGGGAGAUAACUGACUAUAAAAGUCCAGUUUCCACCCUUGCCAAAUUAGGCUGGAAUUAUGGAGUUAUAUUUUGGCUGGACUAACAAGUCUAUGCAUAGUCCAAUCAAAUACACACAAUGAAAUCGAUU